AAGGAAGGUUCGAAGGCGAAGCGGCCGCGGUCGUUUGGGGCUUCCCUGAGUUGUCAAUCUGAAUUCCCAAAAAGAAACGAGGUUAUGGCUUCAACAGUCUCUGAGUACACUAUCGGAGGAGUGAAAAUUCUCUUCCCCUGCAAGGCCUAUCCUUCACAGCUGGCUAUGAUGAAUGCAAUUGUUAAGGGGCUAAACUCCAAGCAGCACUGCUUAUUGGAGAGUCCUACGGGAAGUGGGAAAAGCUUGGCAUUGCUUUGCUCAGCAUUGUCCUGGCAACAGUCUCUGUAUGAAGAGGCCUCAAAAGUCACACUUUCUUCAAAACUAUCUGCAAAGAAGCAAGCAUCUUUGCAAGAAGCCGAAGACGAUUUUAAAGUGGAUAGGAAAAGAAUUCGUUCAUUAGAAACUGAAGAGCAGGCUAGGAAACGAAAUCGACUAGCCAAAGGAGUGCAGUUUGUCGAUGCUUUAGAAGUUUAUCAGCAGCAAAAAAACGGGGAAUUGACUGUAUGCUCCAAAGAAACAGUUCCUUUCUCUCUCAAAACGUUACAGCCUUCCCGUUCCUGCACUCAGUGUUCCUGUUCUUCUGUGGGGGGAAACGCUAAAGCUGCCAUUGCUGAAAAGAAAAAAGAAAAUACAGAGAAGCCGUUUGUCCCCAAAAUAUUUUUUGGAACACGAACGCACAAACAGAUCACACAGAUCACUAGAGAAUUGCGGAGGACGGCAUAUUCUGGGACCCGUAUGACGAUUCUGUCCAGUAGAGACCAUUCCUGUGUUCACCCAACAGUAGCUGGUUGCAGCAACAAGAAUGAAAAAUGUGUAGAGUUACUGGAAGGAAAGGAUGGCAUAUGUUGUUCUUACUACCAUGGAGUUCAUAAGCUUAGCGAACAUCACACCUUACAGUUUGCACGCAAGAACUCUCAAGCUUGGGACAUUGAAGAUCUAGUGCGUCUAGGAAAGAAACUGCGUUCCUGUGCCUAUUUUGCAGCUCGGGAGCUUAUGGAGGAAGCUGAGAUCGUGUUUUGCCCUUACAACUAUCUUUUAGACUCACAAAUAAGAGCGAGCAUGGAGAUUAACUUGAAAGGCCAAGUGGUCAUUUUAGAUGAAGCUCAUAAUAUUGAGGACUGUGCACGGGAAUCAGCCAGCUACAGUGUGACAGAAGCUCAGCUCAAGUUGGCUCGAGAAGAGCUGGACGCCAUGGUUAAUGGCAACAUUCGGAGGAAGGACCACGAGCCCUUGCGUGCUGUGUGCUGCAGCCUGACAAAUUGGUUAAGGGAAACUUCUGGUCAGCUCGUAGAGAGAGGUUAUGAAACAUCUAGUAAAGUUUGGAGUGGACAACAAAUGGUGGCAUUCUUGCACAAUAUGGGUAUAACCAAUGCUACUUUCCCCAUCUUACAGAAACAUUUUGCAGCUGUCCUUGAAAAGGAAGAAAAAAUAACACAGUUUCAUGGGAAAGAAGAGGUGCUUUUAGUUCCAGUUAUAAGUCCUUCAACUCAGAUUACACUAAAAGGGCUGUUCAUGGUCCUAUUUUAUCUUUUUAAAGAAAAUCACAGAUAUGCAGAUGAUUAUAGAGUUGCCUUGCAGCAGACAUACGUCUGGAGAAAUGAAAAUAUGGUUGACCCUGAAGAUGCCAAUGGCUUUUUUACACGAGCCAAAAGAAAAUCGCGACACAAAACAGCUGUGCAGAUGCUAAGCUUUUGGUGCUUGAAUCCAGCUGUGGCAUUCUCAGAUGUGAGUGACAACGUCAGAUCGAUUGUUUUAACCUCUGGAACACUUUCGCCAAUGGACUCAUUUUCUUCAGAACUUGGUGUGAAAUUUUCCAUUCAGCUUGAAGCGAGCCAUGUUAUUCGGGACUCUCAGGUGUGGGUCGGUACUGUUGGAGCAGGCCCCAAAGGCAGGUCACUGUGUGCUACUUUCCAGCAGGCAGAAACGUUUGAAUUCCAGGACGAAGCGGGGGUUCUCCUGCUUUCCAUCUGCCAGACGGUUGGGCAAGGGGUGCUGUGCUUUCUGCCAUCUUACAAGAUGUUGGAUAAACUGAAAGAUCGCUGGUUGCACACCGGCUUGUGGGAAAAGCUGGAGCUGAUUAAGACUGUCAUUGUGGAGCCGAAAGGAGGUGACAAAGCUGAUUUUGAUAAGCUUCUGCAAAUAUACUACGAUGCUAUAAAAUGUAAACAAGGAAAAGAUGGUGCCCUUCUUCUCGCUGUCUGCAGAGGCAAGGUCAGUGAAGGCCUGGAUUUCUCCGAUGACAAUGCUCGUGCUGUUAUAACCAUAGGGAUUCCAUUCCCAAAUGUGAAGGACCUUCAGGUUGAGCUGAAAAGGAAAUACAAUGACCAGCACUCCAAAGUGAGGGGCCUUUUGCCAGGUAGCCAGUGGUAUGAAAUACAGGCCUACCGAGCUCUCAACCAAGCCCUGGGCCGGUGUAUUCGUCACAGGAGUGAUUGGGGCGCACUCAUUUUAGUUGAUGACCGCUUCGGACGGAACCCCAAUAAAUACAUAGCUGGGCUAUCCAAAUGGAUUCGUCAGCAAAUCCGGCAUCAUGAAAACUUCGAGUGCGCUCUUGGUUCUUUGGAAAUGUUUACUAAAAAAAACCAAAAGGGCAUUGAGUCUUCAGUUCAGGGCAAUGGCGAGUCUCUGUUCAUGACUUCAAGUUUGACGGCUCCAUCGACGAGUUCUUUUCUGGAGGCAACUCUUCAUCUAACGCCUGAUGUUACUCUUGAAAGAGGAUCACAAAACGUCCCAGAAACACUGUCUGCUGCAGAUGUCAACACGACCAACCCAGCAAUGUCCAGCCAAUCAUGCGACAUCUUUGCAAAGAAAAAAAGUGAUUGCCCAUCUUAUCAGACAAUAAAGCAGAAAAAUCUUACCGACUCCAAAUCCAGUACUUCCACCAUUGGAAACAAGAGGGGGAAAGUAAACAGUCAUCCCAUCUCUGGUAAUAUAAAACAGUAUUUUAGCAAAAUGCUGACAUCAACACCUCUGCCUGCAAAGAGUAAGAAGAACACUUCCAAAGCAACAUGGCAACCAAGGGGGCCAACUGCCCAAACCUGCCAUCUUGCCACAAAUGGAUGCCAGCAGGAGCUGUCACUGGUUGAAGAAGACAGACGAUGCGAGCUGGCACCAUGCAGAGAAGUGAUUAGCUGCUCUUCAGGAGAAGUGACUGGCUCGGUCCUUCAAGAAUAUGCUGCUGAACAGCAGCUGUGCAUUCAUGAAGACAGAGGAGAUGUGGCCGUUUCUCCAGUGAGAGGAAACGCAGAACUUUCAACAUCGGUCAUAACUGUAGAAACAGAUGCUGAUGAUGACAGUAUCUAUUUCACACCGGAACUUUAUGAUGAGUCAGCAGAAGAAAAAAAUGAAUUGCUGGCUCACACUUCUCGUGAUACUGGGACUUUAUCCGAACUUGCUGGUUCCGUUGAAGCUGAAGAGCUGUCAGAAGUAGGUGCCCCAAAACUGGUAGAUGCAGCAGUUGGCAUGCAGACUGAUGCAGCAGCAGAGGCGGGACGCUAUGGAAUCAUGCAAAGCAAUAUGAGUCAUGGCGGUGCAGUCAGAGCAGCUGUACGUAGUGCUAGCAUAGGUGAAGCUGAGCGGGAAGAAGAGACUCAGAAAAAGAGAAAUAAACUUUCCAGAUCAAGAAACAAAAGUUUGUCUGUCUUUCAGUCAAGGGGUCGUUAAAACCUCAGAAAUCAAUUCAAGAGGGAAUCAUGAAAUAAUAAUUCUUUUAGUUUUACAUUAGGGCAGACUCCAUUGGUCCAUUUUUCAGAGAAACAAAGAAGGCAGCUAGUAAGAAAUCUGACCCUGUGACUGAAUCAAGACCUUAUAACUGAUCAGUGCCUGCAUCGCCGCCACCUCUCUUCCCAGUAGUAUUUAAUAAAGCAAAACGAGUGGUGUUAUGCCGCCACAUUGUGAGGUUCCCUUUCUUCCCUGCAAAAAGCAGCUAAUAAAGUGGAGUAGGUGUGGUGGAAGUCACUAUAGAGUGGCAUCAUGCCUUCUGGGUUGCAUUGCUAAUGGCAGGGAAGAGAGGAGGGGGCUGACUUGCCUUCAGGAGCAGCUGUACAUUCACUGUGAAGUGUACUUCUUUCCUGAGCAGGUAUUCAUGACGGCUUGCAUCCUGCGAACUCCCAGCACGAGGCACUGAUGGCCUGGGAUCCUCUCCACACUCCCUCCCCCUCGAGAGAC